AUGUCGGACGAGGAUGAACGCCCCGUCCCCGACCUCACCGAGGUCCAGCGCGAGUUCGGCGGCAUGAACCUCUCCGUCCCGGACCACGCGUUCUGGGAGACGCAGCCCGUCGGGCAGCUGAAACCGGAGCUGAACAAGGCUGGCGAGGAGGGCCCGAUCGACGAUCCGAUCGCGGUCGCGGACGUGAAGCAGGAGCCGUACAAGCUCCCGGACGCGUUCGAGUGGAGCAGCUGCGACCUCACGAACGACACGACGAAGCAGGAGGUGUUCGAUCUCCUCGCGGCCAACUACGUCGAGGACGACGACGAGAUCUUCCGGUUCAAGUACUCGCCCGAGUUUAUCAAGUGGGCGACGCAGCCGCCGGGAUAUCACCAGGAUUGGCACCUCGGCGUCCGCGUGAAAGGGACCGAGAAGCUCGUGGCGUUCAUCACCGGCGUGCCCGCGAAGGUCAUGGUGAAAGGCAAGGCGAUAGACCUCGCGGAGAUCAACUUUCUGUGCAUUCACAAGAAGCUCCGCGCGAAGCGUCUGGCGCCGAUGCUCAUCCGAGAGAUCACGCGGCGGGUCAACUUGAGAGGGAUCUGGCAGGCUGCGUACACCGCGGGCGUGGUCCUCCCGAGACCGAUCUCCACGGGGAGGUACUGGCACCGGUCCCUGAAUUUUAAGAAGCUCGUGGAGAUCAACUUCACGACGCUCCACGCGCGUUCCACGAUGGCGCGGUCGAUAAAACUCUUCAAGUUGGAGAACAAGACGCGAACCCCGGGGCUUCGCGAGAUGAGAGACGAGGACGUCCCCGGGGUGACGGUGAUCUUGAACAAAUACCUGCGCAAGUUUGCGGUCGCGCCGGUGUUCACGGAGGCGGAGGUGCGGCACCACCUGUCCCCGAGAGACGGCGUCGUGUACUCGUUCGUCGUGGAGGACGAGGGCAAGCCGGGCGCGGUGACGGAUUUCGUGUCGUUUUACUCGCUCCCGUCGACGGUGAUCAAAAACACGAUGGGGCACGACACGCUGCGCGCGGCGUACAGUUACUAUAACGUCCCGGGGAAGACGCCGCUGCUUGAUUUGAUGGGGGACGCGCUCAUACUCGCGAAGCAACGGGAUUUCGACGUCUUCAACGCGUUGGAUUUAAUGGAGAACGAGCCGGAGGCGAUUCUGAGCGCGCUCAAGUUUGGCAUCGGCGACGGGAACUUGCAGUACUACCUGUACAACUGGCGGCUAAACGAGGAGCUGCCGUCGUCGGAGAUCGGGCUCGUGCUGACGUAG